AUGUCUUCUGUCGAAACUGACGGCUCCUCCGUCACCUAUACUUCUGAUCGGAGCGGCAAGCCCGAUCUCCGCCUUAUCCACUACAAUGACGUGUAUCAUGUCGAACCAGGCUCCGCAGAACCAGUGGGCGGCGCCCCUCGUUUCCAAUCCGUGAUCAACCACUAUCGGUCGCAUUCCAGCUUCGACGGACAACCUACCCCUCUCACCUUCUUCUCCGGCGAUGCGUUCAACCCCAGUCUAGAAAGUACCGUUACAAAGGGGAGGCACAUGGUGCCUUUUCUCAACAAGGCGGGAACAGACGUGGCAUGCGUAGGGAAUCAUGAUCUCGAUUUCGGCGUCGCGCAGUUCCGUCAUUUGCGCGACCAAUGUCAAUUUCCCUGGCUUUUGGCCAAUGUCCUAGAUCCAGCACUCGGCGAAGGCGUGCCAAUUGGAAAUUGCGAGAAGACCUGCAUGCUGACAUCGUCGAAUGGAAUCAAGGUGGGCGUGAUUGGUCUCGGAGAGCGCGAAUGGCUAGGAACUAUCAACUCCCUCCCUCCUGACCUUAUUUAUAAGUCCGCUUCGAAGACCGCGAUCGAACUCGUCCCACGUCUACGAGAGCAAGGAGCAGAGUUGAUUGUUGCCGUUACGCAUCAGCGCGAACCGAAUGAUUAUAAACUAGCGCAGAACAUCCCUCACGGCCUCAUUGACAUUAUACUAGGAGGGCACGACCAUUUUUACGGACAUGCUUUUCUCAACGGCGUUCACGUCCUCCGUUCAGGUACGGAUUUCAAACAGUUAAGCUAUAUCGAAGCAUUCCGGAAAACGGACGGCCAAGGAUGGGACUUCAACAUUGUUCGACGGGAUAUGGUUCGAUCUAUACCUGAAGAACCAUCGGCCGUGGCGCUAGUUUCUAAGCUCACCUCGAGUCUCAAAGCCAAGUUGGAUAAGCCUAUAGGUUACACAGUCCGUCCGCUUGACGGACGAUUCUCCACUGUCCGUGCUGGAGAAUCUAAUUUGGGGAACUUUGCCUGCGACCUUAUGCGCUUCUACUACCGUGCUGAUUGUGCCAUGAUGGCCGGAGGUACUAUCCGCGGAGAUCAAAUAUACCCCCCGGGAGUGCUCCGUCUCCGCGACAUUCUAAAUUGUUUUCCUUUCGAAGAUCCUGUCGUCUUGCUCCGUCUGAAGGGCAAAGCACUUUUUGAUGCCCUUGAGAACGGCGUCAGCCAACUUCCCGCCCUAGAGGGCCGCUUCACCCAGGUCUCAAAUAUAUCAUUCAGUUUCAACCCAUCUGCCCCUCCCGGCUCGCGCAUCAACUGGGCCAAGAUCGGUGGACGCGACAUUCAAUUCGAAGAAAGCUACACACUGGCCACUCGAGGUUACAUGGCACGAGGCAAAGACGGGUUCGCCUCACUACUCGUGGAAUCCGAAGGCGGAGAGGUGGAAGAGCUGGUGGACGAAGAAAGCGGAACUCUCAUCAGCACACUAAUGCGUCAAUACUUCCUCAGCUUGAAGGUCAUGGGCCGAUGGCAGAACCUAGGGAAGAGCAUGACCCGGCACUGGGCAGACGUGCAGAAGAACAUGUCCGCCAACGGCUGGCUAAAACCACCCUCAGCAUUAUCAUCGCCCGACGCAGAAAAGGUCCCCACCCGCCUUCAACGCCCACCUCUCAACCGCAAAACACACUACUACUACGGCCGGUUUGCCGAGGCCCAGGCCGCUAUCAACGAAGGCCAGGAGCCUGAUAUCGAAGAGUCGAUGGACUCCGACUCCGACUCUGACCCCGACAUCCUUGUUUCGCCGCGCCCACUCACCAACUACGUUACACGUCCGGCUCGCUCAGCCGAAGAGGAAGAAAAUCUGUUACGCCUGGCACGAUGGGCAACGCGGCGCUGGAUGCGCAGAACGGGUAUCAGUUCGGCCAUGGACGAGGCGGAUCAGAAUGAUAAUAGCCCAUAUACGCCGCAGUGGACGCCGGGCAUUGCACCUCGGUUGGAGGGAAGAAUUGUUAUUGAGACCAAUGCUUAA